AUGCUCACUUUACAAGAGUUGUAUAGUGAGAAUCCAAGGGUGAAGGAAUACAAACUAUGUGCGACACUGUUCGGAAUAAGACUAAGGGAAGGUCUUUCCCCAGAUGAUCAUGUCAUUAAGAUGAUAAAUAUUCUAGGGCGACUGGAUGCAUUUGGGAUUGUAAUGUCAGACAGUCUCAAAGUGAAUUUGAUUCUGCAAUGCCUUCCACCCAGUUUCAAGCCCUUCAUCACAAAUUAUAGUCUCAAUAGGAUUGAGUACACUCUUCGUGAAUUACUGAAUGAGAUUCUGCAAUUCUACAACCAAGGAAGAAAAGAGAAAAGACAAGAAGAAUUUCUUGUGGCUUCUUCAAGUAAGACUAAGAAGAAGGAAUGGAAAUCCAAGAAAGGUUCAAAAGUUGGACCGUAG